UGCAAGUGAGUUAAAAAGUGAAUAUCUCUUCUCGUAAGAACUGAACUCUUGGACCAUACUAAAAUGUCUGAUACAGUUAUCAAGUCAAAACGCGCAAAACAGGCUAACAAGUCAAGCAAACCUCUUCUAGAAAGGCAGCGCCGAGCAAGGAUCAAUAAUAGCCUGAAUGAACUGAAAAAUCUCGUUCUCUCUUCGCUAUACAAUGGCUGUCCACAAGCCGAAAAGAACAGUGAAAAGAUGGAAAAAGCAGAGAUCCUUGAACUAACUGUGAACUUUCUCAAGCUCGCACGAAGUAGAAGAAUUAAUGGAUUUCGACCUGCUGAGAGCAAAGAGACAAUGCCAAGCAAAUAUCAGUCCACCAACUACAACGAGUGCUUCGCUAGAGUCAGUCCYCUCGAAGGCACACAAAGAUGCAGGGAACACUUUGCAGCACCACAUCUACCCCCGUUAACUCCAUGUUCUAUGCCAGGAACAACUUCUACGAUAAAUGAAGGACUCUGCUUCCGUGGUGUGCGGCCUUGUGUAGGAUACGAAGUCGCUUCUACAAUCCCUAGACUCUCAACUUCACCUUUAUCAAAAGUAAUGGUCAAUUCACCCCAUCAACAGCAAGUCAUAGCGUCUAACAGUCUUCCUUUCUCGCUACACGUUCCUUCGAACAAAGUUCAAGUCUGGAGACCGUGGUAAAUAAGUUUAUAUACUAUGGAUUCUGUUAAUUAUUGUAACAAUUUGUAAGUAGCUCAGUAAUUGAGUUUACUUAGGAAUGUCCAGUUCUAGACUCUCACUUAAUUUCAAAAAGCAAAAAGGAAAUAGUUAAGAAUUUGGAAAAAGAGAUUGACUGGGUAGUGUACUUGAAACUAAACUAAUAGAUCAAAACUUGUAAAUAUGGAAUGUAAAGCCUUAGCAAUAGUUCAAAUUUAAAUCGAAUUGUAAAUAGCACAAAGAAUAAUAAUAUUGAAAAAUAAAUGCUUUUUUGACAUCU